UCCCAGCUAAUUUCUAUGACGCACGAAUCAAAACACACAACUACACAACACACCCAUCAGCUUCUCCUCUCUCUCUCCGUUCGCUGCUGCAGCUCUCCCUUGUCUCCCGCCUUCGGCGGCUGCCCGAGGCGAAUGUGAAUCUAGGGUUCCGGCUUUCUGCGGGAAUGGGGUGCUUCCAAUCCAGAACCUCCAACCUUCACUCCCCUGAGGACGAUCCAAAUUACGGCGACAAGCCAGAUCACGAAGCUAAUGACGAGGCGGGGGACCAGGAUCAGGUGCCGCACUUCAAGGAGUACGGGCUGGCGGAGCUGCGGGCGGCGACGAAGGGCUUUAGUUCGGAGCUGAUAGUUUCCGAGAGCGGAGAGAAGGCGCCCAAUGUUGUGUACCGGGGGAAGCUCGACGGCGGGCGACUGGUGGCCGUUAAGAGGUUCUCCAAGCAGUCCUGGCCCGACGCUCAGCAGUUUGUGACGGAGGCUGCGGGGGUGGGGAAGCUCCGGCACAAGAAGCUGGUAAACCUCAUCGGAUGCUGUGCGGAGGGUGACGAGAGGCUUCUUGUGGCCGAGUUCAUGCCAAAUGACACGUUGUCCGGGCACCUUUUCCAUUGGGAUAAACAACCUCUGCCAUGGGCAAUGCGUGUUAGAGUGGCAUUUUACAUUGCACAAGCACUUGAUCAUUGUAACUCUGAGAACCGGAGGAUAUAUCAUGAUCUGAAUUCUUAUAGAGUUCUUUUUGAUGAGGAUGGAGAUCCUCGUUUGUCUAGCUUUGGUCUCAUGAAAAAUAGUCGAGAUGGGAAAAGUUAUAGCACUAACCUAGCUUACACUCCCCCUGAAUUCUUGCGAACUGGAAGAGUAAUCCCAGAGAGUGUAAUAUAUAGCUAUGGCACUGUGCUUUUGGAUCUUUUGAGUGGGAAGCAUAUCCCCCCAAGUCAUGCACUAGAUUUGAUAAGAGGAAAGAGCAUGUUGAUGAUAAUGGAUUCAUCCUUGGAUGGACAAUAUGCUAAUGAGGAUGCUACAAAGCUAGUGGAACUUGCUUCGAAAUGUCUACAAUUUGAGGCUAGAGAUCGACCUAAUUCUAAGUUUCUUCUUUCUUCUGUAGCACCACUUCAAACUCAGAAAGAGAUUCCAUCACAUACUUUAAUGGGCAUAACCAAGACAGAACAGGUGCUGCCAACAAUGCUAUCACCACUUGGAAAGGCUUGUGCAAAGAUGGAUCUAACUGCUGUGCAUGAUAUAUUGCUCAAGAUAGGUUACAAAGACGAAGAAGGGGCAGAAAAUGAGCUUUCCUUUCAAGAAUGGACACAACAAGUGCAAGAGAUGCUGAACACGAAGAAAUUUGGUGACAUUGCAUUCAGAGAUAAGGAUUUCAAGAAUGCUAUCGAAUACUAUUCCAAGCUUGUGGCAAUGAUGUCUGUUCCUUCUGCAACUGUCUUUGCAAGGCGGAGCUUGUCAUACUUGAUGAACGAGCAGCCAGAGCUGGCCCUACGCGAUGCUAUGCAAGCUCAGGCAUGCAUGACCGAGUGGCCGACAGCCUUCUACUUGCAAGCGCUUGCCCUCUCUAAGCUUGGAAUGGAAACUGAUGCACAGGAUAUGCUCAAUGAUGGAGCUACCUUUGAAAUGAAGAAGCAGAACAACUGGCGUGGCUAGAAAGGUUCGGUGUGGCCAAUCAACUGUAUGUUUCUUCUACCUGUGUCAAGCAUUCUCUUGGGUGCCAAUAUGGAAGCGAAAGCCAGCUACUGUGGUACAUACAAAAUCAUCAUGAGAACUAUUCGGUGUUUGCAAUUGUUCGAGUAUGAAUUUAGUUGUCUUUGGGUCGUUAAUUAUUGGCUCUGUAAAAGAAUGUGCAACGAUGCUGCUAGAUUACAAAAAUGUGAACUUGUAUCACAAUGUGUACUAGAAUU